AUGUCCCCCGGCGGCGAUGGCAAAGUCACAUUCGACACGUCCGCCCGAGGAGCUAUCCCCGGCAUCAAUCGCCUCGGCAUGCCCUUCGAGAGUCACCUGCCGGGGUGGCGCCUUGGGUCGGACAACGCCACUGGGCUGUUCUGCGACCAAGAUAGCGUCGUUCAAGACCAGGCCUUCUCCAGCGAUGCUGGCCAGCCAAAGCGUGCUACCUUGGAAGGCCUUGCGCUGUUUCGACUCAAAUCCACGCAGAACAAAUCCGAGAAGCACACGGGUCUUAGUCGCAGCCACUGCACAGCAGUCACGGGUGCGCAAACACUCCCCGACGGUCACCUGGUCCGCUUCGACGGCAUUCGUGAUGCUCAGAAAGCUGUCGACACCAUCGUUGAUAACGUCAACGACGCUGAUGUAUCUUACCUUGACCCCAAUGCCGUGGCUCGCAUCCGAGGCUUUCCAGAUGCCAAAAUCAGCAUCUUCGGCGGUCGCGUUGCCUUGGGCAUAAUGUAG